UUCUCGAAACCCCUGACGUACGAUUGAAGCAUUUCACCCUCAGAGAGACGAAACAUUACCUGUUCUCCCAAAGCAUCACAUCAUCAGCAUGUCCGAAACAAAUCAGGAACGGCGAGACCUUCCUGUUGUUCUAAUUCACCGCCUCCCCAAUUUCAAAUUCUCCUUCAACACUCGCCUCCAAACUCACUUCACUCUCGUCGACCCGCUCCUCCACUGCCCCGAGUCUGACACGAUUCACUCCUUCCUCUCCCGCCACGCUACUUCCAUUCGCGCCCUCAUCUGUGUGGGCCCAUCUCCCAUCACCCCCCAAACUCUUUCCCUUCUCCCUUCCUUGGAAAUUGUUGUGGGCACCAGCGCUGGCAUUGACCACGUUGACCUCCACGAGUGCCGCCGACGUGGCAUCAUUGUCACUAAUGCUGGUGACGCCUUCUCUGAAGACGUUGCUGAUUAUGCUUUUUCUUUGUUGAUUGAUGUUUUGCGGAGGGUUUCAGCUAGUGAUCGCUUUGUUCGUGCCGGGUUGUGGCCUAAAUAUGGGGCAUACCCACUUGGCUCUAAGUUGGGAGGAAAGCGAGUUGGGAUUGUAGGAUUGGGAAGCAUAGGCUCGGAAGUUGCUAAAAGGCUUGUGGCCUUUGGCUGCAGCAUUGCUUACACAUCAAGAAAGAAGAAACCAGCUAUCUCAUACCCAUUUUAUGCAAAUGUCUCUGACCUUGCCACUAAUAGUGAUGUCCUCAUUGUUUGUUGUGCAUUGACAGACAAAACUCGCCAUAUGAUCAAUAAGGAUGUCAUGACGGCAUUGGGAAAGGAAGGGGUGAUAAUAAAUGUUGGACGUGGUUCUCUUAUUGAUGAGCAGGAUCUCGUGCAAUUUUUGGUGCAAGGGGAAAUUGCUGGAGCAGGUCUUGAUGUGUUUGAGAAUGAGCCUGCUGUACCGCAAGAACUGUUUACUUUAGAUAAUGUUGUAUUGUCACCACAUCUUGCUGUCCUGACCCCUGAAUCUUUUGCGGCUCUGCAGGAAGUGAUCCUAGGAAAUUUGAUGGCUUUUUUCUCAAAUAAACCUGUGCUGUCGCAGGUCCAGCUUGAGUGAAAGCACUCUUGAUUCUCAAACCAAGACCACAAAUUUGUAGUUGUAUUGUUAUUGUAACAAUAAAGACCUCAAUAUUAGAUAUAGAUCAAUUAUUUGUAGAUUGGCCUGACCAAUCAGAAUGUUGAAUAGUGGAAAACUCAAAGCUCUUGUUACUUGUGCACUUGUUAUAAUCGGGCCACUUUACAAAAGUGAAGGCUCAAUCAUUGAUGGUUCGAACUGGACUUGAAUAAGAUGAUCACCAUUUUAGUCACAAAGUUUCAGAUUGGCUUGUAAUUCAGUGAUGUUGCUGAUAGAAGAUAUAUAAGAGGCAUGAAGUCCAUCCAA